UCUUCAUCUCUCCACCAAACACUUUAGAAUAUGGAUUGUGAAUCCUCUCUUAAGCUUCCCCUCAUAGACUUCUCCAACCUAGAAUUAGGGAGUCCCAAAUGGGAGAUGGCAAAAGCACUAGUGAAGAAAGCACUUGAGGAAUUUGGUUGCUUUGAAGCUUCAUUUGAGAAAGUGCUUCUUGAGGCUAGGAAGGGUUUGUUUGAAGCACUAGAAGAGCUUUUCAACCUUCCUUUGGAAACCAAGUUGAGAAAUGUUUCUCAAAAGCCCUUCCAUGGCUAUGUAGGCCAAUACCCAAUGGCUCCACUUUUUGAAAGCAUGGGUGUGGAGGAUUCCACCAUGCUUGAAAAGGUCCAAACCUUCACCAACAUCUUGUGGCCUCAAGGCAACCCAACCUUUAGCCAAGUCAUAGAAUCCUACUCAAAACAAUUAUCAGAACUAGACCAAAUAGUGAGGAGGAUGAUUUUGGAGAGUUUGGGUGUUGAGAAAUACUUGGAGGAACAUUUGGAAUCAACAAACUAUCUUCUUAGAGUGAUGAAAUACAAAGGCCCUCAAAGCAAAGAGACCAAAAUUGGCCUUCAUCCCCACACUGAUAAGAACUUUGUCACCAUUUUAUAUCAAAAUCAAGUUGAAGGUUUGCAGAUUCAAACCAAAGAUGGCACAUGGAUUAGCUUCAAACCUUCCCCACAAUCUUUUGUUGCCAUGAUUGGAGAUUCCCUCCAUGCAUGGACGAAUGGAAGAUUGCAUUCUCCGCGUCACAGAGUGAUGAUGAGUGGAAAGGAGGCAAGGUAUUCAGCUGGGUUGUUCUCAGUCCCAAAAGCAGGCUAUAUAAUCAAAGCACCUAAAGAACUUGUUGAUGAAGAACACCCUUUGCUGUUCAAGCCAUUUGAUCAUGUUGAGUUUCUUCAGUUCUACUAUACACAAGCUGGCCAGACAGCUCAAUCUGCCCUCAAAACUUAUUGUGGUGCUUGAAUAUAUAUACACUUGGGUUUUGUACAUGCAUAUAUCUAGGGUUUGGUUGGUGUGAUUUUCUGUCUUUUGGAUAUGAUGUUUGUGUGAUCAUAUCUUUUAUCUCCGAUCAUCGCGCUAGAUCUUUUAGCUCGGGUGUUUGGAACAAGGAAUUAUUUAAUCUAGAGAAUUAAUUAGUCUUAAGUUGUUUAAUAUGUGUUUGGGGUGCGGAGUUAUUAUGGCUAGAGUUCUGAAAUAUGUGUCUGAGAUAAGAAAUUAUUAAGUAUGAAGCUGUGUUAUAAGCUAAAUUUCUGUUUA